AUGUUGUCCAGCGCCACCCUCUCGAUUGUCCUCCUAUUAGCCUCCGCUACCAACGCGCUUCCGAACGGCUUCUCCCAAGGAUACAUCUCCCGCUCAUACUCGGGCAACUACCCAAUCAUCGCGCAGCCAGUUCAACGCUCUUACUACGCCGAGCAGCAGCCAUAUUACGGCCAGCAACAGGCAUACUUCAGACAGUUACAGCCCGACUACGGCUACGAUUCCGACUUCCCAUCUGGAUACCAACCCUACCCUGCCUGGGGUCCGGAUUACGGAGCCCCGUUAGCCGGCCAAGGCUACGGUUACAGAAGCCGCACCAUUUACGGUGAUUUGCCUUCAGCUGGUUAUCCCGGUUCGGCCUUUGGAGACUUCGGAGGCCCUCAAUUUGGUCCGGGCACUGUCGCACGGGUAGGACAACACCAGAGCGGAAGGUUCCACGCCGGAGGAGCGGCUGAUCUUGACGCAGACGGUGAACUCGGCGCAAUUUCACGGGCACACAUUGGUGGAGGUGGGCAUGUUGCAGGAGGAGGCCAAUUCAACGGAGCUGGUCAACUCAAUGGAGCAGGUCAGAUCGGUGGAGGAGCCUUGCUCAAUGGAAAUGGUCAAUUCGACGGCGGAGCUCGUGCUAACGGUGGGGGUCAAUUCGGACUAGGAGGCCAAGCCAUCGGCCGUGGCCAAGCUGGGGGUGCCGGCCAAUUCAAUGCCGGCGCCCAUGCGAUCGGUGGUGGCCAAGUAGGACUUGGAGGCCAAGCCAUCGGCCGUGGUCAAAUCGGCGCCGGAGCCAAUGCUAUUGGGAACGGACAAGUCGGACUUGGAGGCGCAGCAAUCGGCCGUGAUCAACUUGGUGGAUCCGGCCAACUUGAUGCCGGAGCCAAUGCUAUCGGAAACGGACAAGUCGGACUAGGAGGCGCAGCAAUCGGCCGUGGUCAACUCGGUGGAUCCGGCCAAUUCGAUGCCGGAGCCAAUGCUAUCGGGAACGGACAAGUCGGACUAGGAGGCGCAGCAAUCGGCCGUGGUCAACUCGGUGGAUCUGCCCAACUUGAUGCCGGAGCCAAUGCUAUCGGAAACGGACAGGUCGGACUAGGAGGCGCAGCAAUCGGCCGUGGUCAACUCGGUGGAUCUGCCCAGCUCGAAGCCGGAGCCCAUGCUAUUGGGAACGGACAGGUCGGACUAGGAGGCGCAGCAAUCGGCCGUGGUCAACUCGGUGGAUCCGGCCAAUUCGAUGCCGGAGCCAAUGCUAUCGGGAACGGACAAGUCGGACUAGGAGGCGCAGCAAUCGGCCGUGGUCAACUCGGUGGAUCUGGCCAACUCGAUGCCGGAGCCCAUGUCAUUGGAAACGGACAGGUCGGACUAGGAGGCGCAGCCAUCGGCCGUGGUCAGCUCGGCGGAUCCGGCCAACUCGAUGCCGGAGCCCAUGCUAUCGGGAACGGACAAGUCGGACUAGGAGGCGCAGCAAUCGGCCGUGGUCAGCUCGGCGGAUCCGGCCAACUCGAUGCCGGAGCCCAUGCUAUUGGCGGUGGACAGCUCGGUGGACAGAUUAACGGCGCUGGACAAAUAGGCGGUGCAGCUCAACUCAAUGGAGCCGGUCAGAUCGGUGCAGGGGCCAACACUCAUCUCGCCGGCGCCGGUCAAAUCGCAGGAGCUGGUCGAAUCGGCGCUGGGCUUCAAUAA